UCAAUGCGAUGAGGAAUACAGUAAACUGUUCUUAAAGUAUUAACUCAGUUUCUUUGCCUUGAACUAGAACCCAAUAGUUUAUUAUUGUACACUGUCUAAAUAAUAUACUCGGAAGUAAAGACUGGCAAAACUUGAUUCUCUUUACAAAAAAUAAGGAAGUAAUUCACGUCGGAAAUACUAGAAAUCCCGCGGCAUUAAAACCCCUGUCUUAACAGUUGGUUCCAGAAUCUUUUUACCAGAUUAAAUGUCCUCCGUGUCGGUUUACAUCUCCAAUAAUACAAAAAUUAAAUAUACUUCAUACACAAGGAAGACUUAUUGGGGGAAUUAAAGUGUCAUCAAUAAGAGUCGAUUCAUCAUAGUAUGGAAGAAACUGUGAUUUGAAUCCAAAUCUGCAAGGAAGAAAAUUUUGGAAUUUCAUUUCCGCUAGCUGUUUAGGUUUAUAAAGAUGCCCGCUCGUGGACGGCGUCCCCCGCUCUUUCUGAUUCGUCAUCUCGACUCUCUGACGGCGGGGAACCCCCAAAUAAGAAACUCUGUGUAACUAAGCAACGAGGAUCAGUGAUGGAUACCAAUGUGACGCUGUGGCAGUUCUUACUGGAGUUACUGGUGGGAAAUCAACACAGUGAAAUCAUUCAAUGGACGAACACAGAGGGAGAGUUUAAACUGAUAAACGCGGAAGAGGUGGCGAAACUCUGGGGACUACGUAAAAAUAAACUAAACAUGAAUUACGACAAGCUCAGCCGAGCGCUUAGAUACUAUUACGACAAAAACAUCAUUAAGAAAGUGAUGGGACAGAAGUUUGUGUACAAAUUUGUGUCAUUUCCGGAAAUUGUGAAAACGGAAAAUAAAAUCUCUUUUCGUGCAAUGAUGGAUAACAUGGCAAAAGAACAUGGGUGUGUUAUGCCACAUUUUGCCUCUUACGACAUAAAUAGAAUAAAGUCUUCUGCUACAUUUGCACUGAAUCCUGGAAACCCUGCAGCACCAACGGUUAAAACCGAAAGUCCUUAUAUCGGCAGCGUAAAGUAUCAUAGCACAAAUCCCACAUCUUCCGUAAUAAGAACCUCUCAACCUGCACCCCAGACUGUGAUGUUGAUCAAAUCAGAACCACAUUCAAUGCCUUCCUCCCCAGUGCCCAAAUCUCUGUCUCCCGCGUCGUCUGCUUCAACUGACCAGACGUCUACGUUAUCAAACGCGCGCCCAAAGCCGACCCCACUCAGUCUCUCUAUCCACGAUCCGUCUCCGCUCCUCUCCAGCGCCCUCUCCACACUUCCGAUCCCGAGUCCGAAAGUAACAAUGUCCGCCGGAUUGUCUACACCUAUGGUGCUCGCUAGUCCGGUAAUUGGCCCCAGAACGCCUUUCCUCCAUUUUUGGAGUUCCUUGAGUCCAAUUACAACGAUGAGUCCCCGUUUAGGAGGCCCUACAUCAGCUUUCCAAUUUCCGAGUUUCGCUACAAAUCACGUGACACUUUCUCCAAUGACUGCUACUUUUUCGAAUGUCGAGUCCUUGGCAACUCCCGCCUUGACGUCACCGACGAGGUCCAUUCCUUGUGUGUUAUGACCACUACAGAAGAAAGAGUCCGAUCUCUGAUUCUCCGGCUCUUCCUCGGUGCUAUUGGGACCAAUUCCACAUUUAUUAAAAAUUGUGAACAAACUACAAAAUGUAGAUGCUCAUGAUCUUCAAAGUUUUUUUUCAUGUAAUUUAUAUAUACAUUUAUAUUUGUGAUUUAUUUUUGUACGUAUGAAAACACAGAGGAUGUUUUGUU